CUGCUAUCAUCCCCAAGUGAAAUAAUAAAAAUUGUUUUGGCAUUAAAUCGAAACAUAAAAAAAGAACAUCAAUUGCAAUACUUGCAACGGUGCAAGAAGUGCAGCAGGCGGGCAGUUUGACGUGCAAUUUCGUACAUGUAACAACAAUUAAAUGCAUUCAAUAUUGUCAAUUUAAGCCCAAAGAAAACUAAGUGAGCUACAUAAACAAUAAACAACAGAAACAGUAAGACAAAAAAAAAAUAUACAAAACAAAAAAACAAAAAAAAAAAAAACAACAAAACAACAACAAGAGCAGCAAAAUGGCUGCACAACAGCAGCUAUUGGCUUUGAUGUCAUCGGCCUCCGGGCACAACAACAACAACAGCCCCGAGCCACUGUACGAUCUGUCAUUGAUGGCCGUUGUCAACGGCCUGGACUGCAAAGUGCCGACACUGGAGCGCAUUAGCAAGCUGCCGGAGCUGCCGCGCAAUCUGCUGAUCGAUGUCUACGAGCUGAUGUCACAGCGCGAAGAUCUGAAGGACACACUCUUGGAGGAGCUGUCCAAUCUGGAUGUAUUCCGUCCACUCGUACGCUACACAUCGGCGCGCGGCAAGCUGCUCCGCAUUGUGGCCGCCUUGAUGGCCAGCAACAAGACGCUGCCGCAUCGCCUCAGCGAAGCCUAUGUGGGCCGCUAUGCUGUGUCCCAGACAGAGGCACAGUACAAUGAAGAGGCCGAUGGCGAUGGCGAUAAGGCGGGGGCAUUGGCAACUGCACCUGUAGCCGGAGCUGAAGCCGGAGCUGGAGCUGGAGCCGGAGAGGCCGCCGCCUUGCUGCCGCAAAUUGAUUAUGAUAAAACGCAAACUAUUGACAUUGCCGCCAGCUGCCUGAGCCACAUGACUCUCAAUGACAAACAGACAGCAGCUGGAGCUGGAGCUGGAGAUGGAGCUGCCGGCGCACAGUCGGCCGCCGAAUCAGUGCCAAUGGAAACGCUGCCCGAUGAGGAUAUCAUAGCCAUUGACUUGGGUCUGCGUCUGGGCAGCUUUCUGUCCGUGGCCGGCUGGAUGCAGGAGAGCAUUUCGGUGUUGUCCUGCCUCAACGAAAGACUGAAACGCAUGCGGCCCUUCAAAGAUGAGCUGGUCUUGCGUCUCGAUUGCCUGCAGCGCCUGCUCUAUGCAGAGUCGUCGCAUUGCAACUUUAAGAUGGCCCAGAAGACCUUUGGCGAACUGAUGGAGCUCAACGGCAGGCUGACGAAUGCGGUGCCGGCGGCUCUGAUUGCCAUGGCCUAUACGCAAAUCUCGUCCAUGUACUUUGCCCGCAACGAGUACAACAAUAGUCACAUGUGGAGCGUGCAGGCCAUGCGCCACUUGGAAAUGUCUGCGCCCACACGCGUUGCCAUCGAUGUGCUGCGACAGGCGGCCAAGGCCUGCGUGGUGAAGCGUGAUUUUGCACGCGCCAAUUUGCUCAUCUGCCAGGCGGUGCGCCGAGCCCGCGAACAAUUUGGGCCAAAUCAUCAGAAAUACGGCGAUGCACUGCUGGAUUAUGGUUUCUUUUUGCUUAACGUCGAUUCCGUUUUUCAAUCAGUAAAGGUGUACAAGGAGGCGCUGGCCGUGCGUCGCGGCAUCUUUGGCAACAUGAACUUUCAUGUGGCAAUUGCCCAUGAGGAUCUAUCGUAUGCCUACUAUGUCCAUGAAUAUAGCACUGGCGACUUUAGCUUCGCGCAGGAGCAUGUCGACGAGGCCGUGCACAUCAUGAAGAAUCUGGUGCCCAGCAAUCAUCUGAUGUUGGCAUCGGCCAAGCGUGUUAAGGCGCUGCUGCUGGAGGAGAUAGCGUUGGAUAAAAUCGCCGAUGGCAUGGGUGAUGACGAUCUGCUCGAUCAGUCCGAGGAGCUGCACAAUUUUGCACUCCAACUCUCGCUAGAGGUGUUCGGCGAGGUGAACGUGCAGACGGCCAAGCACUAUGGCAAUCUGGGGCGGCUAUAUCAGACCAUGAAUCGAUUCGAGGAGGCCGAACGUAUGCAUCAGAAGGCGAUCAAAAUCAAAACUGACCUGCUCGGCCCCUACGACUAUGAGGUGGGCCUGUCCAUUGGCCAUCUCGCCUCGCUCUACAACUAUCAGAUGAAGAAAUUCCGUCAGGCCGAGGAUCUAUAUCUGCGCAGCAUCGAUAUAAGCUUGCGUUUGUUUGGACGCAGCUACUCUGGUCUGGAAUAUGAUUAUCUGGGACUGUGCCAUGUCUAUGAGACAUUACACGAAUUCGAGAAGUAUUUGCGCUAUGCUCACAUUCUAGAGAACUGGCAGCUGCUGCGCGGCCAGAAUAUAACACAAAACAAGUCCAGCUAUCCUGCCAUCGAGCUGGAUUACACCAUUGAUCAAGUCAAGACCAAGUUCUUUAGCAUGAAUGUCAAACGUGUGCCUACGCCGCCGGAGCCCAGCAAGAAUUGAGUGCGAGUGAAUGGAUCAAAGUGCAUAUGCAAUUGGGUCUUGGUUAGGUGUUCUAUAUACACGAAACAUACACACACACACACACACACGCAAAUUUAAAUUUUGAUUUAAACAAUGAAAUGUUAACAACAAAAAGUGCAGAAGUAGAAGAACCGAAGAAAUAUUCUAAAUUUAAUUUUGUUACGUUUUGUAUUCCGAAACCAACUCAGGCAACGAAAUGGCCUUGAAAUGAGAUAUCCUCUUAUUUUGAUACACUCAAACACACACACACAGAUACACACACCUCGUAAUUGGAUACAAAAACCGAAAAUCUUGUAUAUCCAAUAAUUGUUCAUAUUUAAAUUCUAAAAUACGAAUAUAUGAUGUGAUUGCCUAA